UCUGAGUUCCGCCGGUGUAGACCUAUGCCAAUAAGUCCAUAUGACUCAGUCAACAUAUUUUUAAUUGUUAAAAACAAAAUAAAGAAUAAAUAACUAUGUGGUUAAUUUUAUUGCUUAGUUUGCUCGUAUUGAUAGGGUGCGUUGCAUUGCUGAAGAUUGUGGCAUGGAGGCGUCUUGUGAAGAGGAGUGCGGCUAUCCCAACCCUGUCUGGUUGGGUGCCAGUCAUGGGACAUGUGCAAAACUUGCUGCAGAGCCAAGUCAAAAUAGCUGAGUUCGUGGACGGGAUUCAGAAAGAGACACGCAAACGUGGCGGAAUCACGACCAUGUGGAUCGGACCUCUUCCCACUUAUCUUAUUACUGACCCGGAUGAUGCUCUCACAUUAAGUAACGCAUGUCUAAAGAAACCAUACAUCUACAACUUCUUGGAUGCGUGGCUCGGGAAUGUCUGCCUUCUGUAUUCACUUCCCCACAAAUGGAGGGCGCAGCGCAAGCAACUGAACCCAUUCUUCAACCCGCGACACCUGAAUGGUUUCCUCGAGGUCUUCAACGAACAGGCCGCGAUGCUGGUCAACAUGUUUGAACCUCACGUGGGGGGAGAGGCAUUCGACUUCAAACAUUAUCUGGUUGAUAUCACACUCGACACUAUAAAGACAAAUAUGUUUGGAAGGCAGGAAGAUACUGUGGGACAAAACAAAUGCGCAUACAAGGAGGCAAUUGAGGACGUUUUAAAUAUAUACAUGAAACGCUUCAGUAAUAUAUUCCUACAUUCUGACUUAUUAUAUCAAUUCACCAAAAGUAAAGGUGUUGAGGACAAAGCGGUGCAUUUGUUACAGAAAACAGCUUCUGAUGCUCUGAUUAAAGUGAAAUCUGCAGCUACCUCUGAAGAUCAACCUUCAGAUAAGAAUUUCAAACCAUUUGUCUCUCUAAUGCUGGAGCUGCUGGAAGACGGGUCGUUGUCGGAAGCGGAGAUUCAGCAGCACCUCGACGGGUUCCUGUUCGCCGGCCAUGACACCUCGGCCACGCAACUCAUUUACAUUUUCAUGGCUAUAGGACAUUACCCUGAAGUUCAGGAGCGAAUUUACAAAGAGUUAAAAGAAGUGCUGGGCGAUAAGCCGAGAGCUGUGACUAAAGAAGACCUUCCGAAGCUGGUGUACCUCACUGCUGCCAUCAAGGAGAGCAUGCGACUGUACCCGAUCGCACCAGUCGUUAUGAGAGACGUAGACCGAGAUGUUAAACUAAAAAACGUGACCCUCCCAAGCGGGACAUUCGCGUUCAUAUUAAUAUCGGGCAUCAACCGCAGCGGCGUGUGGGGCGCUGAUGCGGAUCAGUUCGACCCGGGGCGCUGGCUGGAGCCGGCGCGCCUGCCCGCCAGCCCCGCCGCCUUCGCCACCUUCAGUGUAGGGAAACGGGACUGCAUUGGAAAAACCUACGCUAUGAUGUCAAUGAAAACGACGAUAGCCCACAUCAUCCAAAACUAUCGUCUAAAGGCAGACAUUAACCAACUGAAGUGUCAACUGGAUGUAAUGUUGAAACCCCAAUCCGGAUGUGAACUCAGUGUUGAAUUAAGAAGAACAAUGUCUAGUAGUUAAAUAUGUAAUAACUUGUAAUUA